UCAGUCCAUUUUGGUACGUUCGAGCGGGCAGUUCGUAUGAAAUCGCGUUCUUGGACAGCCGCGCGUGAUACAGGGCAGUUAGAGUUGAAGUUUUUUGUAUGGCAGAGUGCUUGCUGAUGCGGACGACGAAGAGAGAGUGUGAAGCUUAGCGUUUUUCGUACGCUUCGAGCACUUUUUUUAACGGCGUGUGUAGACGUUCCGUGUGUUCUUGAAGCAAGUGAAAAUCCAGAACGGUACCGUCUGUUUCUGUUUUUUUAUUGGUUAACUCGUUAACUCAGAGUUCUAAAAUCAAAAAGUUCGGGCUGAAGUGUAGAUCAACGAGUUGAUCACGAGGAAGUUUGCUGAGUAACAAGAAUUGUUAACAAAAGAGUGGUCUUCGCUGUGGCAAAUACAAUGCAAGUGCAAUGGUUCGUUUGAAGCACCCACAGAUGUCCGAGAAUAGACGCAGCCACCGUCGGAGAAUAACCUCGUGAUCGAUCCAUUGUGUGCAGUUGUUGGCGCAGUGUAUUGGAGGGCAGCUAGCUAUUGAUCGCGACUGUCUGUGUUCGCUUCGCGGAGUGGAUUGUGGAUUAGUGCACUUUUUCGUCGAUAGGAUUGUGUAUUGAAACUUGUAUAUCUUCUGUGGCAGUUCUACGGCAAGUUCUGCAGCACAUAAAACCUACCCAUAGAAAUAAAGCGAGUGAGCAUUAGGUUCGCGGGGAGUUUGGAGAAGGCGGUGUUGGGUUUGUGUUCAUGUGGAUGCAUGUGAUCUAUAGGAUCGGAUUGGGGUACAGCACAACAACUGGUUUGUGCCCGAGUGUUACCUUUUUUGGAGUCAGAAGCCACAGCAGCAACAAUAACAAAAACCUACGCGCUCGUCGCCGCAGUGGAUUGCGUUUUGUGAAUUAAUAUCGAGUCAAGGCUCGAAUCUACGACAAGACCGAAAGCGAAGCGGCGGCGUCUGAAUUGAAAUAUCGAAUAUAGCUGGGCCAGUGCACAACCCUCGCAACAUAAUACAUACAGUGAGUACACUAUUCGGCUAUAGUAAGUGAAAAAAAGGUGAAGCGAAAAGUUCAAACUUGUUCAUGGGAGUUAGUGGCGUUUGUGAUCUUUGCGACGGCCUAAGACGCGAAUGCAUGAAGUGGCUGCUAGUACAAUAAUACAUGCAGUAAACAAGUUUUCAGAGAGGAAAACUGAUGAUUUGGUGUCUCCCAGAACCGGUGAAGGGCUGAAUCAGUUCGUGCAGAAUCGAUAGCAGACAGCAGUUAGCAGUUUUACGAGUGGGUUUCGUUCCGGCCUCCAGGGCAGAUAAACAAGUUACUGCAGCACUAAUCCCCUUGAAAAGUGGCUGCUUGGCUUUGGCACCCGGUCGAAUGAAAGAAAUGGUUAGAAAUUUUGUGAUAAAGCGUGAGCCGAAAGUGUAGUGAACAGUAGUGCGUUUUACGCCAAAAAAUUAACAAUCAUUAGCGUACAAAGCAGAUAGUUAGGUGUAUAUAACGAGUCGGUUGAGAGAGUUAAUAGAUGCACAAACGAGCUUAAAUAGGAAAGUUCCGGCGAGGUACAAAGUGAAGAAAAUUAACCGUAAACUUGCGUAGCGCCAUCCAGGUUAGUCGUCGUCCCAGAAGACGACGAUUCCUGUUCCAAAGCGGAAAGACGAUAGACCCCUCGAUCGAUCGCUUUCGUUGUCAACGCACAUUGGAUAUUCAUUCGUAAGAGUAAGGUGCCAACAGCAGGGAGGAAGAAAGACAUUGACAUUAGCCCCGGAUGCCGCCAGUACCGUCAAACCGCAAACCCUCAGCUAACUGUAAUCUCCUAUAAAUGCAGACUGCUGACUUAUAGUGAUGCGGGUAACAAUUAGAUACCCAUCGCCCACACACGUCACGCGAAAUAUAAGUGAGAGACGGCGCGGGAAGCAUUAAAGUGACGGAAAUUGUAUGCCAUUAGAAAUCACCGAGAAAAGUCAGGUUUGGAGCACCGGCAUACCGUUGUUGUCAUGCUGCUGUGAAAAACGACGACAAGAAUCACAAGGCAUCCCUCCUCGUCCCCAGAAUCCAGAAAUCGGAAAGUCUCUUGCGGUGCUGACCCUGAGGUGAAAGUUAACUGUCUCUUUUGAUACCGGCAACGCACUGAAGCAACAGGAAUCGCAAACAAACCCCGGAUGGAUUCUUCGGAAGGCGGCGAAGGCAAGUAUGCGCAUCAUCCCGACCGAGAACAUCCUAGGCACUUGGGAACCAAAGAACGCCGAGUACGACGACAGCAACAGUAAAACGUCGAGCUAACCGCAGAAGCGGAGAAUUUCGAAGCAGAAAUUGGAAGUGUUUUGACCCGUGUAGAAAUUGGAGAUUGGCGCAAACCAAAGACAAAAAAAAGAAACUUAUCAAGGAAAAAAGACAUCCCCGUGAGAAAGCUCCCAGUUGCCGAGGAGGAGAUUGUAGGUGUCGUCCGCUUGGUGGAUUUUCCGUGUGUCUGUCGGCCAGAGCUGGGAGCCCCUCAAGGCGAGGAAUAAUUCAUCCGCAAUGCCAACGACCACGGCGAAAAACGAGGCGAAUGAACAGCACAGCGAUUGCGAUAAUGAAGAGGAAGAGCCCAAGGAUAUGAAAAAUGCGCAUCUCAUAAUCAACGAGCUGAGGACCCGCUGUCGGAACCAGUCGGAGCAGAUCAUGUCCUGGAAGAAAGCGUACGCCCUGCAGCAAGAACAAAAUCACCGGCUGCAGAAGGAGAAGGCCGAACAGCUCAACUACCUGACGAGUCAGCUGUUGCUUCUGGAGUCGCGUAUCAUGCGCAAGCAGAAGCAAGUCUCCAACGUCCUGUACCAGCGUGAGCUGACCAUCUACCGGCAGCAGAAAAUCAUCGAAACACUGUCUAGUCGCCUGAUUGACCACGGCAUCAUCGACGUGGUUAUGGAUCCGGCCAUCAGCUUGGGUAGCAACAACAACAACAGCAAUGACUUCGAUUCGCUGAACGACUCCGACUCGGCGGUGGUUCUGGAGGACGUGGACUCGGACUGUAACAGUUCGAUCUACUUUGGCGGGGGUUCGUUGAAAUCGAGAUGUGGUGGAAACAAGAUCAACAACGACGUCACGAUAGUAAGGUCUAUUUCCGAUGCGAUCGAAACGACCAACAUGAAGUAUAACAACACGAGGCGAUCGAACUGCUUCCUCAGGCGACCGGAGGUUCUGGAAACUGUCUACAGCGUUGAAGAAGACCCUGAACCGCAGGGUAGUGGUGGAGCUGCGGGAAGCAGCAAUGCUGGAGGAGGUGUGAAUAAGGCCGAUCCGGUGAGCGAACGAAGAGACAAGUUCAAGAACCGAACGGAGAAGUGCGUCUCGUCCGAUCAGUCUGAUGAUUCCAAGGAAAACCAAAGUACAACUACGACAAAGAUCACCAGUACAACCCUGACGACAGUAAUAAUCACCAACACCAGCUGUGAUGGAGAGGAUACACCCCCGACUAAUGGUUGCAAGGCGGGAGCUGUGACGAACUUCAACCGCGUAAUGUCCAACCACAGGUCGGUGACCAAACCGAAGGAUGUGAAAUAUAAACGAAUCAACAAGGCCAAAUCGAAAAGCUUGGAAGAACUGAGAGGCCGCCUAAGGCACUGGGUUGAACGGGGAAGCUGCAAUAUGAACCUUAACCUGGACGGGAGUUUGGCUCAUCUGGAUCCGUGUCAACUGCAGCUGCAACAGUCGCAGCAAAACCUUGCGCAGAGCUAUGCGUGACCUGAGCCAAAGCCCCACGUGAGGGGUAGCAUUUAAUGAUUUAUUCUUUGUAGUUUAAGAAUCGUCUCGUUUCCUUGCAAUUAGUGAUAUAUUUGCCACAUGACUGGUGAAGAUCGUGCCAACGACAGACCGGGCUAUGAAAUGUGGUAUUAGUUAGAGAAGGCUAAGAACCUCCUGUCGUCCCAACCCUUGGAAGAUAGGAUAUUCAAAAAGCUAAUCGAAGCAUUAGUGUCGAAUCCUACUUGAAUUGAUUGAAUUGUACAGUAGCAGUGAUGUUUUAAAAAACCUAUUUAUUUCUUCGUUAUUGUGAAAAUAAUUACGACGCUCCAUAGUAGUAAUCAAACAGAGAACAAUCAAAUUUACUAUCUGCAAAUUAUUAAUCAGAGAUACUGACUGAGUCAGAUUACCUGAGUGAGUUUCACGAAAAAUGAACUUAUCUUGAAAUGCACGGAUAUCAUACAUUCGAUAGAUUUUGAGACACAAAAUGAGCAUACAGAAUAUAUAAAAAAGUAGCUUUUGUACUAUGCACGGAAUUCAGAAACAUAAAAUUAUACACAAUGUGUGAAGAGAAAAUAUUUUCCUACAAACAAUAUUAAGCAAGCGAUAGUAAAAUGACUGCUUUUUAGGACGCAGUUCAAGUGAUUUUUCUUUCCAAAGUACGUUUCAAGGUAAAAAAAGAGCUAACACAACACACAACUGCAUAUAUAUUCAAAUUAUUCGGUGAAGUGCAUGAAUUUGAGAUGUGUGAGAUGAUAGGAAAGUAUGCGAAUUUGAAUUGGUCGAAUAAGUUUACACAUAACAAUGCUAACAGCAAGAAGUAAGGAAUUUGUCGCACUAUUACUACUACUACUACUACUCACCACAGGAAAGAGGCAAUCAAACGAUCAACGUUUAUAGCAGAAAAGGGCACCACGCAACGAAAAACCGGGUGGCAGCAGUCUUGUAAAUAAAAUUCAAUUCAGAAGUGUAAUUGAAGAAAACAAAAGUAAGUCCGCGAUCCUCAAUCAAGCGAGGAAAAUAUUAUGAAAUUGAAACUAAAAAAUGUAGUAGUUUGUAAGGUAUGCCGAGCGCUGGAGAAUGUGUACGUAUUUAAGGAAUAUCGUCUAGUACCGCUAGUUAGCACACAACAGCCACAGAAGCAGCAACAUGAUAACCAUGAAGAUAUGUACGUGUGUCUAUGAGAUGAGGAGAAAUUUUGUUCUGCUUACAAUACACUCUGAAUUUUCUGUGCUCUAUACAGAAAUACAUAACCGAACCAGUUAA